AUGGCUGCUCAACAAGUAAUUUGUAUUGUUUAUUACAAUGGUUCAAUUGUUGAUGGAGUUGAAGGAAAAACAUUUGUAAGUGACUAUAAAAAGGCGUUCAAAGUACAUUCGGGAAGCAACCUUGCUCGUCUAAAGAAUGUCAUUAGAAAAAAAUUACAGCUCGAUGACAACGUCACGAUAAGUGAUAUAGUUUAUCGACACCUCGUGUUCUUUGGUGAAAAUACAACAAGGUUUGAACUCAUGAAGAUUUGCGACGAUGAAGAUGUUGAGUUGAUGUUUGAUGUUUAUGCACAGUGGUCACAACUCGGCACCAUCGAGUUAUAUGUUACCUUUGAGUCUGCUCCUCCAUCAACAAACAUUGAUCAACCAUCAACAUCAAACAUACCUUAUCAACCCGACUUAUAUUCUCCAUCGCAACACUAUGAACCAUCACAACACUAUCCUCCGUCACAACACUAUCCUCCAUCACAACACUACGAACCAUAUUCUACCCAAUUAGAACAAACUCGUUCAGAAAGUUUUCAACUCCAUCAUCAAUCUCCUCCAACAAGUCCACAAUGCGAUCUUCCCCUUAGUGUCUUACAUAGUAUCAACGACGAAGAUUUCAGUGAUACAAGUGAAGAGGAUGAAACAUACUUCGAUGAAUCAUCUGAUAAUUCUGUCGAUGACAUUGAUGGUGACGAAGAUAUGGAAGCAGAAGAUCAACCUAUUCUACCUGAUUUCGAUCCACCAUCUCACCUGAAGAGCAUCAAUUUAGAUACUCAACAGAAAUCAAGUGAAUUUGAUCACUUGCUCAUUAACGAAGUCCCAACAGUAGAUGGAACUCUUGCGGUUGGAAUGAAGUUUCAGAACAAAGAUGAAUGCAUACAUGCAAUCAAGCGCUACCACAUAAAACAAUCAUUGAAUUUUGUGGUACAAAAGUCAGAUUUAGAAAGGUAUGUCAUUUAUUGUUCAGAUCCAAAUUGUUUGUUUAGAUGUAGAGCUUCAAAACGCAAAAAAAGUGAAUUGUGGGUUAUUGGUAAAUUGAAUGUGCCUCAUACAUGCACAAAUUCUGUAUUGUCACAAGAUCAUACGAAGCUCGAUUCUAAUAUGAUAUGUCAAAGCAUAAUGCAAGUUGUGAAAGUAGAUCCUUCAAUCAAAGUGAAGGUAAUUGUUGCUCAGAUUCGGUCUUUACAUAACUACACAGUUAGUUAUAAAAAGGCCUGGAUAGGAAAGAAUAAAGCGAUCGAACAAAUUUAUGGCAACUGGGAAGAGUCUUACAAUCAACUCCCACAAUGGUUGUUGGUUAUGAAAACGUUUGCUCCAGGAACUAAAAUAGAAAUGGAAACCAUCCCAGCUUAUCAUGAGAAUAUUCCAUUUUAUGAUCCACCACCAUCUCAGUAUUACGUUCCGUCGGUGCCAGAAAUACCAACACCCGGUUAUCCGACAGAAGAUGGGCUUCUCUAUAAUUUGUUUGGAACUCAGUGCACAACUCCUGAGUCGGCAUAUGCUGUAUUUGAUUCAAUGUAUAAUCAACAAUCCCAAAAUGUAAUGGAACCAGGUGGCAGUGGUUCUAAUCCAUCUACAGCUUACAUUGAAGAAAAUGAUCAAAAUGACGAUGAACCGGAAGAACCGCAACUUGUUCAGAGAGCUAGACGAGUUCGACGACAUCGUACAUGUGGGACUGGGGGUCAUUUAGGUGGACAUCAUUGA